AUAUUGAGGUAACAUUUAAACAAACUUAUAAGAAUAAGUUAAAAAGUUACGUACUUAUUUCAGCUGAAAAAAAUGAUUAAAAAUAGUCAGUUCAAAUGUGUUAACUGCGGGGCAUUUGCAGAAGCAUUAUAUAGAACUUAUGGACCUUCCGUUUUAAAACUAACCAAAUGUGAAAUCUGCAAUGGUAUUGUUGAUAAAUAUAUAGAAUAUGAUCCUGUGAUCGUAAUGAUUGAUUUAGUACUUAUGUCCAAAGAGGCACAAAGGCAUGUAAUAUUCAACACAGAUUUCAAGGCCUACUGGAAACUGUUUAUAAUCCUAAUGUUGUUGGAGACCUAUGGGGUUUGGAGAAAUGAUAGCUUGUUCAACAUUGUCAUUAACUCCAUGUGUGACAUCAAGAACAACAGCACCAUCAAUACAACAUACAUAGGGCUGCCAAUAGAACUGUCACUUCCCGAGACUGUAAGAACAAACUGCAAUGGUUGGGUUCAGGUGGAAAAAGAUGAUGUGGAUCUAUUUAUUUGGGAGAAAGAUUUCUACAUUCAGUUUCUUUCAACAUUCGCUGGUAUACUUGUAUUUAUGGCAAUGGUGCAUGGUUCCAUUGUGGCUAUAAAGGCUAUUUCUUCAAAACAAAAGGUGUCCCUGGUGCGGGCGCUGAAGGCAUACUCCCUGGCCAACUGCAGCCUGCUGCUCACUCUGCCGAUGCUGGUGUGGGGGAACGCGGACACUUCUCCGACCACCCGCCUGCUGCACUACGCGCUCGUCUACCUCUACUCCUUCACCGUCUUCUUCAACAUAUUCGUUGUUUUGUAUGAGAGCCCGCGGAUGUUGACAUUGCUGGUGUUAGCUGCCAGCUACCUCAUGAAGUACACUACCAUGUUCCUGAUCACGCCUGCCAUUAGAACAUUACACAUUUACAGACACAGUGAUGAAAUGACAGCUUCGUCACAAAGAAGAGAGUUCUGAAGCAACAAUUAAGCCAGGCGAAAAUAUGGUCAAUGACCUAAGUAUGUUGCAUCGGUAGACUAUGAUAUAUAUUAAUUUCCAUGCAUUUCUUUACCGUUUAUAAUGGCAGACUGUCUGGGAAUUUAUUGUACUUACUAUAAAAGCUUGCCUAGAAAUAUACCUAUAGAUAUUUAAAUUGACGAAUAAAAUAAACAAUUUAAAUCACUA